UUCCUCCGUGCGCGCGCUCGGGUCUCCGCUGUCGCCUAGCGCCUGCCUUGCUCCCAGUCGAGCGCGGCCAUGCCCGAGCCCCUGGCACGCCCAGCCCUUGCCAGCUACGAGGGGACGCGGGCUUGAGCCGAGCCACAGCCGCGAGGCCUGCUGCGCGGCCUUUCCCUCUGCGGACGCCGUCUACCCGGGAAGCCCCCCGAGGGGAAGGGCUGCCUGAUGUUCUCUCUCUCUCUCUCUCUCUUGGUUGCCUGCAGCACAGCCACGAUGGGAGGCAGCCUGCUUUUCCUCUGCUCUUUCCUGGUUCCAGGGAUCUUGGCAGAGGCGACCGAGCAAGAGAAAGAGAAGGACCCCUUCAACUAUGACUACCAGACCCUGCGGAUUGGCGGCUUGACCUUUGCCGUGGUUUUCUUCACGCUCGGGAUCCUGCUGAUUCUGAGCAGGCGAUGCAGGUGCAGCUUCAACACAAAGGCCAGGGCUCCUGGUGAUGAGGAGGUGCAGGCUGAGAACAUGAUUGCGUCAAACGCAGCACCAGCAGCACCACAGAAAGAAGAGAACUGCAGGCAUUCCUCUCACUGGGGGGACCUGGACCAGGGGCGGGGGGGGGGGGGCGUUGGAGAGCUGGAAAAACCCCAGAAGAGGCGUCCCCAUCAGACGCGCGAGGGGGUCCUGCCUUGGGCGGGAGCUAGCGCCUUAUUUAUUGCCCCGCGCAGUUGCUCUCCAGGCCUUUCCGCAGCGAGAUCCGGGCGCUCGCGGGCAAAACCAGCGGGUGGCGCGAUGGGACCGGCUCCUUUCUCCCCCACCGAUGUGGCAAAAAAUUUGCCGGAGACCGAGAACGGCCUCUUUUCUUACGACUACGAGACCGUCCGUCACGGGGGGCUCAUCUUCGCCGUGGCGGCCUUCCUGAUCGGGCUCGCCAUACUCUUCAGUCGGCGGUUCCGCUGCGGAGGGAAGCAGCAGCAGCGGCGACCCGGCGAAGGGAACGAGUUGUAAGCCCGGCUCUGCCCAGCGCCCCUUUCUGCGGGCCUCCGGCUCCCUCUCGGAGGGGGACGGGGAGUGAAGGCGGUUGUAGCACUACUGCGGCUGGGGUGCUUCUUCUCUCCCGGGAGCAAGAGGCUGCGGGCCGCGCAGUUACCACUUCUUGCUCCGAAGGCUCAAUCGGAAGCGUCUCCGGGCGCGCGUCCGAGGAAGAGAUGCGCCUAAGCCGCGCUUGAGUGCCGCCGCGCAGCCUCUGGCCAUGAAAUAAAGCGCCGCCUCCCAAACCGGGUUUUACCCUGA